ACACCUGGGAUACCUUCCUUGUAAGUCAAACUUCUGUGAGUCGAAUUAUACACGAAAUAUGCAGUUUAAUUGCAACAUAUCUACUACCACAAUAUGUUAAAUUUCCUUUAAUUCGAGAAGAACAAAAUGCAAUUAAGCAAGGGUAUGUAUAAUGAUGAUGUAUACAUAAUACAUUAUUAUCUUUUUAUAAAUAUACAAGUAUAUGCAUAAAUCGAUAUUUUAGAUUCUAUGAAAAGUGGGGAUGCCGUGGUGUUUUGGGUGCAAUUGACGGAACACACGUUGAGAUCCAUAUCUCCACCUGUUGCUGAUGAAGAUCAUCCACCGUUUGUAUAUAUUAACAGGAAAGGAAAACAUUCUAUAAAUGUGAUGCUGAUUUGUGAUUCAAAUUGUGAAAUUAUCGGGUGUUCUGCACGGUUCCCUGGUUCGGUCCAUGAUGCUGCGAUAUGGCAAAUGAGCAGCAUUAGACGUUUUUUAAAACAAAAUUAUGAGGAUGGAGAUCAACAAACACAUUUAAUUGGAAAAUUUAUAUAAUAUAUAACGUUUUAGUUAAAAUAUUAGGUAAAAUAUAGUGUAUAGUUAAAAUAUAUGUAUUAAUAUAAAACAUGACACGUAUUUCUUUUUUUCAGGAGACAGCGGUUACCCAUUAGAACUAUGGUUGUUUACUCCAUUCGGGAAUCCAAAUGA